AUGGCUAUUGCGGUACCAGUUGCCGAGCGAUCAACCCCGGACAGUGAGCAUUGCAAUGGUGUGAUCACUCCACCACCAGAUGAUGAAGCAGAGGAUUUUUACUCAUGGACAUUGUGGUACCUGAACGAUCAGCGUGACAAAAGUUGGGAAAAACGCCUCAAAAUGGUGGAGACAUUCUCAACUGUUGAAGAAUUUUGGGCGCUUUAUUUAAAUAUUAAAACACCGUCAAUGCUUCCGUCAGCAUGCGACUAUAACGUGUUCAAAAAGGACAUUCAGCCGAUGUGGGAAGUGCCUGAGAAUUCCAAAGGUGGCCGUUGGCUCGUCACGAUUGAUAAAUCAAGGCACCAUGAAUUACUGGACCUUAUUUGGUUGGAAGUAUUGCUGGCUGUUAUUGGAGAACAGUUCGGCGAAUAUACAAAAGAUAUUUGUGGAGUUGUCGUUAAUAUCCGAAAUAAAGGAUCUAAAGUAAGCAUAACUUCAGUUAUUGAAUCCUUUAGAGAUAAUCCAACUAUGUUUUGGCAUUUUUACAGUUCUUUUGAAUAA